AUGGCGGACGCUUCUGCUCUAGCUCAGCUGCUUGACAUGGGCAUCCCGCGCGGGCGUGCUCAGGCGGCACUCAAGCGUUCCAAGGGCGACAUCAUGGCUGCAGCGGAACGCGUCUUUGCAGGCGAAUUCGACGACAUUGACUCUGACAACGAGGGUGACGACGAGCGUCGCGCCCCGGCCGCCACUGGUCUGCAGACACCAGACGGAUCCGCCAGCGAACCUGGUCCCAUUAGCCAGCGUGUCCAGGACGUUGUGAUUGUCGACAGUGAUGACGACGACGAGCCUGAAGACUUUGGGGGUGACUUUGAGAUGGAUGACUUUGUUGAGGAUGACGACAAUCCGCGAAUGCAAGACCCGUAUGCGGGAAUCUUCUUCUCCAAGGACCGCGUUGAGCGUAUCGUGGAAGCCCAGCCCGAGGAGGAAUACGCCGACGUCGUUACAGGCGGCACGUAUGGCAAGAACGUGCACGUCAAGAUCCUGUCCCGUGGAGAGUGGAUGAGCGGUUGUCCCGAAGGAGGCGAACAGAGCUUCCUGUUCCAGCUGUACAACCUCUUGACUGAAGGCAAUAUGCCUUGCUCUAACGGCUGCGGCUACGCGUUCCCCCGUUCUCCCGCAGACUUUUUUGCGCUUUUUCCCACGUUCCCAGACUACACUGCCCACCUGGCCAGCAUUAUCCAGAAACGGUGCCCCCAGUGCAACGGCAAGACCUGCUUCGCCUGCGGUGACGCUAUUAGCAGCUCGUCUCCGAACAAGAACAAUGGCAAGGGCAAGGCACUGCCCAAGGGCGAGAUCGAGUCCCUCUUCCACUGCUCGAAUGCUCAGGGCGUCAUCAUUGGCGUCGGUCUGCAAAUGAUCGAACAAGCGUUCCACCCUCAACCCAGUCUCCUUACGGCCGCUUCCCCAAGCUUCCCACCACCAAAGAAGCGCAAGAUCAAGGGCAUCAUGGCCAAGUUCCUUCCCGCGCAUGGUGGUAGUGUUGGAGACAGCGAGGCCUCGGACAGCGAAUCCGACGUCCCUGUGCCGUACUUUCGCAAGAACUCGGCGGCCAAGGGCACCGGAUACAGUGGAGCGAUCAAUGAAGACCGCUCUGGACAACAUGCCGCUGAAGCAGCUCAAGCCGCUACUGACGCAAAGACCGCCAAGCUGCUGUCUCAGGUCUGCGUCUACCUCCCAACUCUGCGCCGUGACAAGACGCACACUUCCGAUUACAUGGUUCAUCCCACAGCCCUUGCUCAUCUGCGCCGUCGCAGUGGAUUUGUCAACGACCUUCUCCGCAACGACUCUCUCAUUGACAUGAGCAACCGUAACGCCAUCUACAUCGCUCUCCUGGACUGGCUCGAGGUGGUCUCCAACCAUGAGGCGUUGGCGCCCAUGCUCGCUAUGCCCCAGAUGCGUCCCACCAAAGUCGAGGCGGGUCCUGACAACGACACCCUCUACGUCACGUACGAUGGCAGCCCAAGCCCACGCGAGAUGUUUGAGACAAUUGUCAUCCAGGCCACAGCCGCACUCAAGGGUCUGUCGUCGACUGCCGUUGUCGAUAAGGAUACUGUUGUCUCUCCUGAGACAACGGCAACAGCCAACCCUACGUCGCCGUCCCCACCUGCAUCGGAUACCGAGCAGAACUCUGCCCUUCAGCGCUUCUGCGAACGUAUCCUCACCGCGCAGCAGACCAUCGACAGACAGCUUGUCGACACCAAGGGCCGUGACUUUGUGGAGAGGAUGCGCGCGUCGCUGCCAAAGAUCUACCAAACCGACUCGAGUGAAAAGGUCACGGCCGCGGAUUCUGAGGAGGCAACAAAGACCAUCUACGAGCAGUGGGCGAACAAGGUCCGCUUCCAGUACUGCGAUCUCCACAACCCUGCAGAUGCCGACCAGGUCACGUACCGCCAUGCGUAUGACGCCGAGAUUCGUCGACUUGUCGGCAUCGAUGCCCCUCGCCGUUCUCUCGCCAUUGCCAAGGAACUGGGUACUCUCACCACCAAUCUUCCCAUUGCCUGGAACUCGUCGAUUUUCCUCCGCGUCGAUGAGGCCCGCGUUGACUGCAUCAAGGCCAUGAUCAUUGGUCCCAAGGACACGCCGUACGAGAAUGGCUGUUUCAUCUUUGACAUCUUCCUCCCUUUGGACUACAACCAGCGCUGCCCAAACGUCAAGUCCAUGACCACCAAUGGAGGCAAGUUCAGGUACAACCCCAACCUGUAUGCCGAUGGAAAAGUAUGCCUUAGUCUCCUGGGUACCUGGUCCGGCCCAGGCUGGAUCGCGGGCAAGUCGACGCUCCUCCAGGUCCUCAUCUCCAUUCAAAGCCUGAUCCUCUGCGAGGAGCCAUACCUCAACGAGCCAGGGUGGGCCGACCAAUCUGGUUCCAAGCAGAGCAAGGCCUACUCGGCCAACGUCCGCCGCAUGGUCAUCGUUGACGCCAUCGGCAACAACCUCAAGGACCCGCCCUUCCCGUUCGAGAACGAGAUCAAGACCCACUUCAGGCUCAAGGCGAACGCCAUCAGGGCUCAGCUCGACCGCUGGAAGGCAAUUGACGAUUCCCACUCGAUCGACACUGGGGGGCACGUGCCGUCGGCCGCCACUGUCCCGGCGGGUAGUACCGCCACCAGCUCGCGUUUUACGUUUGACGGUGCUGCCAACGAAGUCCGCAGGCUCCUUGACGAGCUCGCCCCCGUCUCUGUGGCCCCUGCCGCCGCGCCCGCCGCUGCGCGCCGCAACCCGGCUAGGUUUGGCCGUGCUGCCAAGAAUGGCACCAAGUGA